AUGACAAAAAUAAUACCCAAAAAGAAACCAGAUGGCUCAUUAUCAUUAACACCAAAUAACUUGUACUUUACAUUCCAACAAUUCCUAGUGACAUGGAUAAAUAUCAUCACAAAAGAGAGAUCUAUAUACCCAGAAGAAUCUUAUGAGUUUAGGAAUUCAUUCAAUUUACAAUGUCCUUAUAAUCGACAUCCAGAUGUCACCAAAUGGAACGAUGACUUGAUUAGUGAUAUAAUGGAUGACUUAUGCUUUAAAAAAAUCAAAUUGAUAUCGUUAAUCAUAUUUGAUAAAGAAACUGAAGAGACAAUUGAAAGGUAUAGUUUGAAUAUGUUUGAGUUUUUACAUACUCCCAAAGAUUACUAUGAUAAGCAGUAA